AUGAUCGGCGUCGCGGGCAGCCGGCACCUGGCCCGCGGUCGCCGGGGCUCGUCGCCGAGCCUGUCGCCGCUGCCCGGAGGACCCCGACGCUUCUCGCUGUCUCCACUGCCACAAGAGGAACACGCCGCUUCGGCCCCCGAGUCGCCGGCGUCAAGGGCGUCGCCGGUAGCGUCGGUGUCGCCCGCGGGACCCGAUGCCGCGUCCCCCGAGCGCAAGCUUCCGGCGGGGGUGAUGCUGGGCCGCCGCAGAGCGGUCACCACCACCGACCACAAGACCUGCGCCCUGCUACACACGCGGCUCAAGGGAUUACGCCUGGAGGACAUCGCGUGA